AUCCUUCUUAAUACUUCGGUCGCUCGCUUUUCAAAUACCACAGAGCUGAUUCCAUGGCAGACACCGUGUUCCACCACCAGAUACAUCGACCAAAUCAUAAUCCUGACCAGUAGCCGUGCAAGUGAUCUAUAUACAUCCUUCUUCAGCCUAGAUUGUCAGAACUCCCGCUCCUCCCAAGAGUUUCGCGUACUGGUUCAAGGUCACAAACAUGCAGGUCAGAUACUUGACACGCUUGAAAUGGGAGUUUUCCAGGAGUUGCAGUGCGGAUACCUCCAAGUCCUCCAGAUGUUCGUCACCAAAAACAUGCAUGGUCGUCAGACACUUCUCGAAUCCUAUUCCUUCGCUUUCGAGUACGACCAUGGAACUCUCAGUAGCAUUCAGCUGAGUCCCAUUGAUCAUACUUUCGUCUUCGCGAACCCUCGUGUAAGCUUCAAGAGUGGCAUCCUAGCUGCCUUGCGAUUCCAUCUUGUUGUUGACACGGCACCAACAAGCAGAAAAUUUGGUAUUAACAUGGCUUACAACGAGAACCGUCCCACACUCUAUCAGCCU